AUGGAAAUAUGCGCACAUACUCUACAAACCAAGUUUAGUCUUAAUGAUGAACUAGUGGAACUUCUUGUUUGUCGGCUGAAAUUAUCAAAUAAUGUUCAUUCAUGCAUAGCUAUAUUACUUGGAGAGCUUAUUCGAGCAAAGCUGGAGGUCCCUAGGCAAGUGAAGAUUAGGCUGCUGGUGCUUUGGCUUCCAUUGUUUUGCUACGCAGACAACGGACUUGCAUAUCCAGUCCUGACGGGCUAUGAGAAGGCAGAAAUGGAGAGGAUAAUGGAUGAAAUGAUCUCUGGCUUACCAUCCAUGGAUCAAGAAGUAAUACUCACAAAUUGGUUGCAGGACUUCACUAUGUCCACCUCAGAUUGGCCUAACCUGCAAACCUCGUACGACCGAUACGUGCUUGAUCUCAUGUCCUGUGGUAGUUAUUCUGGGCUCUUUAUUCUGAGACAUCUGUAUACUUGUAGUCAUUCUGAUCUCCCCAAUUUUAAGCAUGAAGUCCAGUUAGUAAUGGCACUAGAAUUCUACAGGAGCACUGACGAUGCCAAAGAGCACCAACACUACGAGCACCGACGAAGGCCGAAGGGUCUCGGCUUAUGUGCUAGCGCUAUGUUUCCGUCCAUUAGUGGCAUCUGUGGUUUGGAGAAGCAGAGGCAACUAACGAUAGCUGGCAGGGAGGGUUCUAAUCAUGUGCUGGGGGAGAAAUACGCCCAGGAGCUUUUGUGGAUAGCUAAUAAGAUGUGCGAGUGUGGUGUAGUGGAUGAUGCCUUGCUGCAGUGGAGCUUAGCCUCGGCUCUGGCUUCCCUUUCUCUCACUGCCAGCCCUAGGGUCCAAGGCUUCAUUGUCAAAAUUUCAGCUAUAUUACUUGGAGAGCUUAUUCGAGCAAAGCUGGAGGUCCCUAGGCAAGUGAAGAUUAGGCUGCUGGUGCUUUGGCUUCCAUUGUUUUGCUACGCAGACAACGGACUUGCAUAUCCAGUCCUGACGGGCUAUGAGAAGGCAGAAAUGGAGAGGAUAAUGGAUGAAAUGAUCUCUGGCUUACCAUCCAUGGAUCAAGAAGUAAUACUCACAAAUUGGUUGCAGGACUUCACUAUGUCCACCUCAGAUUGGCCUAACCUGCAAACCUCGUACGACCGGUGGUGCAACUCUACUCGCAAGCUUAUUACCUGA